AUGACGUCACCAACGAUCGGCAUCUUUCAGUUUCUCACAUCAAAACCCUUCAGCGAAGCACUCUGGCUGGCAUUAUUAUACUGGACACUCCUGCACUCCCCAAACAAGUGUAGCAUUUUAACCAAAGCAGACCUGCAAGAACUAGAGAAGAUCAACGCCUGGGUCAUCACCCACAGCUCUCCCUGCAGUGCCACCUGUGGGCUGGGCCUCCGCACCCAGGAGCUCUGCCCUAUCGGGGGGACCGCAAGCAUAUCCACCACCACCUGCAAGAUGAGGACUGUCCGCUGCCUAGACACCUGGCAGUGUGGACUGAAGACCCAAACAGCGAUUUCCGGUCACAAGCUCGUUCUUGACUGUUUAGAAGAAGUGAUGGAUGCCAUGGGCCGCUUUGCCUUUGUGGUGUCUUGGCGUUUCGCCCGUGGAGUGAUCACCUCUGAUGAUUCUCUGUUUACCCGCUAUGAAGCUCUGAGUUUGGAUAAGGUGGUCCUAGACCCUUUGAGAGAGGAGGAUUCUGGGACAUAUCGCUGUGAUGUACUGGAUACUGGUAGACACAGAGUAAAGAGAAUGUAUAAAGGGGUGAGGGUGAUCUCUCCCAACAUGCUGAAUUUGGACUUUGCUAAAGGUCUGAAUCAAUGGGAAAAACCCGAGAGCCUGUGGCCAAACAUCACCACCAUCACCACAGGAAAACUGUAUCCGAGCAGCACUCUCCGAAACAUGGUGCUGGUUAGCGUGUCUAUAUGUGUUGCACUGAUAGCGGUCAUCUUUCUACCCUUGUGGGCUUUUAACCGGAAAAUGCCCAAAGCAGCAGCUCAACCUUUCCAUGACAAUUUAUAA